GUUAGUUAGUAGUAGUGAUGAUACCUUCUUUAAUGAUUCAUUUUUCUAAGAAUUAGUCUGCAAAAACUGUGAAUUUACUCAUACAACGUGCAAAACGGCUUCCCUGUUUCCCCUUCGUGUUGACAUCACCGGUCCACUACGGCUCCGCCUCCUCUCUCCGCUCAUGCUGAUCCCCUCUCCUUGCAUCAGCACCAUUUCAGGGAGAGAGAGAGAGAGAGAGAGAGAGAGAGAGAGAGACUACCCAACCACAGCAGAGCGUAGACGCGUCAGACGGCCGCCAGAUCAUCCCGGUUACGCACUGUUCAGAGGCCUCAUCGACGGUUUGCAGCGCCAGAAUCAGCAGAGGAAGAAGUCAACACAGCCGGGCACACGGCCACAGCUACAGUCAGUAAUGGAGAGCCUGCUGGAUAAUCCAAUGAAAGCCGUUCUUUACCUGAAGGAGCUCACCACUAUCGUCCAGAACCAGCAAAGCCUGAUCCAGACGCAGCGCCAACGCAUCGACGAACUCGAGCGAAAGGUGGAGGACCUGAUAGGAGAGAACCGACAGUUGCGGGACCCCCAUCACUACGUCCAGCAGCCUCCUCAACAUCACCACCACCACCACCACCCGACCCACCGCAGCGCAAGUCCCCAGGCGCCGACCCACCUCCAUCAGCACCCGGGGAGCAACAAAGCUGCGGCUCACCUCGGCCAGCAGGCGCAGCAGCAGCAGCAGCAGCCGCCGCCACCGCAGCAGCAUCAGCAGCAGCAUCAGCAUCAGCAUCAGCAGCAGCAUCAGCAGCAGCAUCAGCAGCAGCAUCAGCAGCAGCAUCAGCAGCAGAUUCCGGGUCUAUCGGCCCAGCCUCAACAGCAUCAGACCCCUCCUGUGCCGUCCUCCCAUCACCCGCAGCAGCUGCAGCUCGUCCCCACCUCGCCGCAGUCACCAAAAGCGAGCCAAGCCGGCCCGGACUCCGUGGAGGAAGGCAAGAGGAGCCCCUGCUGCAAGUCUCUGGUUCCGCAGACACCCACCGCUCUCUGCCGCUCAGUUGGAUUGGCCAGGAAAGCGGAAAACCAAACAGUGCUUCACCAGUUCUGCUGCCCCGCCCCAGAGGCCCCUGAGGGGGAGACCUCUACCGCCUGUGUCCCCAGCGAUGACCUUUCUCCAGACUCGUCUUUGGGGGAGGAAGGGAAGGGAGGAGAGGGGGAGCGGCAGAGUGAGGUCGAGUCACAACCACAACUACAGCCCCAUCAACAGCAGCAAGAGACUCAGCCUCAGACUCAGCCACCACAGCCACAGACCCAGUCGGAGCCCCAACCACAGACUCCUGAAACCAAACCUCAGCCAGAACCUGAACCAAAACCCCAGCCUGCACCGGAGCCCGAGCCCGAGCCCGAGCCUCAACCUGAGCUUCAGCCAGAGCCGGAGCCAGAGCCAGAGCCGGAGCCAGAACCAGAACCACAGCCCGAACCGGAGCCUCAGCCACAAGUCGAGGCUCCGAGCGAGGAAGCAGUACAGGACGCCCCUAAAGCCCCUUCACCAUGCAGAGAGGAGCAGCGGACACAGGGGGAGCAAGAAAAGGAAAAGUUGGAAGAAGUUGUGGAGGCAAAAAGAAAGCAAGAUGGAGAGGUGGCACAGGCCGAGCGACGUGAGGCCGAGCCAGCACAGGAAGAAGAAGAGGAGGAGGAGGAGGAGGAGGAAGGGGGUGGAGCAAAAGGAGGUGGGGCGGGAAGGAGAGCCAGCUUGCACCACACGGCCUCGCCCUUGAGGGUGCAGCGCAACGGGGCCGGCUCGCACUCCGCCACCUCCGACUAUGAGCUCUCGCUUGACCUCAAAAAUAAGCAGAUCGAAAUGUUAGAGCUCAAAUACGGUGGCCACCUCAUCUCCCGCCGUGCUGCCUGCAAGAUCCAGACUGCCUUCCGCCAGUACCAGCUCAGCAAGAACUUCGAGAAGAUCCGUAAUUCACUGCUUGAGAGUCGUCUUCCUCGACGCAUCUCCCUACGCAAGGUCCGUGUGCAAAACACGGAAGGUUUCUCUGCUGAACGGGCCCUGGCAGAAGGCUGCAACUUGGCAGGCAUCCCAUUGGUACGCUCACCAUCUCUGCCCGCCACGGUUGGUGGUACCCUAACCGAUCUGGAAGACUCAUUCACUGAACAGGUCCAGUCGCUGGCAAAGUCUAUAGACGAUGCACUCAGCAACUGGAGCCUGAAGACCAUGUGUUCACUUCAAGAAGGCGGCACUUAUCAGUUCAGUGCUGACUCCUUCAGUGCAGCAGCAGCAGCAGCAGCAGGAGUAGGAGGUGGAGGAGAAGGAGGUGGCAUGGGAGAGUCAACAAUUCCUCAAGGCUCAAUGGAUCCAAGUGACCUGUCGAGAAGUGCAAGUAAGCUCAUGAUGGCUUUCCGGGAUGUGACGGUGCAGAUCGACAGCCAGAACAUCCGUGUUUCAUCCUCAGUCAUGGAAUCAUCCACUUCCGUCACCCUCGGCAGCUGUGUCCAACAAGAAGGAGCCUACACCACUGUCUCACCUACUUCCACAACAACAAUCUCCACUCCAGCUUAUAUUCCUUUUGUCCCCGCACAUCAUCCUCCUCCUCCUCCUCCUCCUGCAGAGGUCCCAGCUGAACCCAUAGAUCCCCCACCACCCCCACAAGAACCCCCACCUCCGCCAGAAUCAGAUAUAGGAGAUGAGCAGGAUGAUGAAUUCCCUGCGCCUCCUCCUAGUGAAGAAGAGCUUGGAAUGGAGGAGGAGCAACCUCCCCUAACACCUCUGGAUAAGAUGGCUGCCCCUCAAAGCCCAGAGGAGAUUGUGGUGGUGGCGGCACCACCACCCACAGAACCCCCUUACGCCCCUCCACCACAGGAGGCUGUAGUGCUGGGGAGCUUGCCCAUUGUAGAGCCGCUGGAGGUCAAGAGGUGUGGCUCAGAGACGGCGGACAACAGCUCAGAGCAGAUGAGCAGCAGCAGCACAUCGACAGAGGCACGCUCUACAUCUGAAGCCUCGUCCAAGGAAGCACUGCAGGCCAUGAUCCUCAGCCUGCCACGCUACCACUGUGAGAACCCAGCUAGCUGUAAAUCACCCACGCUGUCCACUGACGUCAUGCGAAAACGCCUCUACCGCAUUGGCCUCAACCUGUUCAAUGUAAACCCUGACAAAGGCCUGCAGUUCCUGAUCUCACGAGGCUUCAUCCCCGACACACCCAUCGGCGUGGCACACUUCCUGCUGCAGAGAAAAGGCCUGAGCCGACAGAUGAUAGGAGAGUUCCUCGGCAACAGCAAGAAGCCCUUCAACAGAGAUGUCCUCGAUUGUGUGGUGGACGAGAUGGACUUCUCAGGCAUGGAGCUGGACGAAGCGCUGAGGAAGUUUCAGGCCCACAUUCGUGUCCAGGGAGAAGCUCAGAAGGUGGAACGUCUUAUCGAGGCCUUCAGUCAGCGCUACUGCAUGUGCAACCCAGACGUUGUGCAGCAGUUUCACAACCCGGACACCAUCUUCAUCCUGGCUUUUGCCAUCAUUCUGCUCAACACCGACAUGUACAGUCCCAACAUCAAGCCCGAUCGCAAGAUGUUGCUGGAGGACUUCAUACGCAAUCUAAGAGGUGUGGAUGACGGAGCAGACAUCCCCAGAGACAUGGUGGUGGGAAUCUAUGAGAGAAUACAACAGAGGGAGUUGCGCUCCAACGAAGACCACGUCACCUACGUCUCCAAGGUUGAGCAGUCCAUCGUAGGCAUGAAAACGGUUCUUUCUGUGCCUCACAGAAGACUGGUGUGCUGUAGUCGACUUUUUGAGGUGACAGAUGUCAACAAGGCCCAAAAGCAGGCGGCACACCAGAGAGAAGUCUUCCUCUUCAAUGAUCUCAUUGUGAUCUUGAAGCUUUGUCCAAAGAAGAAGAGUUCUGCAGCCUACACUUUCUGCAAAGCCAUGGGCCUACUCGGCAUGCAGUUUCACUUGUUUGAGAAUGAAUACUACCCUCAUGGCAUCACCAUCCUCUCACCUUUCGGCUCAGACAAGAAGCAGGUACUUAACUUCUGCGCCCAAAGUGCCGAGGAGCUGCUCAAGUUUCUAGAAGACCUGAAGGAAUCGAUCGCGGAGGUGUCGGAGAUGGAACAGAUACGCAUCGAGUGGGAGCUGGAAAAACAGCAGGGAGCCAAGACUCACUCGGUAAAGAACAACGGCACACAGCUAGAGCUGCGGGGCAAACAGGGCUCCCCAUCAGGAAACCAGGAGAUAGAUGACAGAAGUGGACACAAUGCAGUAGAGGUGUCAAUUCACAACAGGCUUCAGACGUACCAGCUCAGCAGCAGCACGGCUCGGAGUCCCGAGAGCGUGGCCCUUCUUAACCACCGGGGGGAGCUGCUUUUCCAGCAGGGUCCCCAGGGGCUAACCCAGGGGCCGGUGCCUCCACCUCAGCACCCGCAGCUGCAGUCAGCGGCAAGCACCCCUGCACACCACCUCCACCUUCAGCAGCACCACCAGCCCGCUGUCAGCAUGGCUGAUUUGCGUCCCGAGACACUCAUCCAGUGUCAGCAGAUCGUCAAGGUCAUCAUGCUCGACAACAGCGGCCACGGACGCAUGGAGGCCUUCCUCAGCCAAACGCCCACACACCACCACUACCAGCACCACCACCAUCACCACCACAGCCACCACCAGCUCAGUCAGUCAGCCAUGUCAACCCCGGUCCGCACGCCGGAUAGCUCCCAUGGCAACGACGGCCACCAGCCCCCGCUGCCUCCUCCACCUCCGCCUUACAACCACCCGCACCAGUAUAUACCACCUGAUCCCCGCCUCAGUCUACACCGGACCCCAAGCGGCUCUCGGAGCAUGGUGUAAAUAAAUAAAUUAGAAUUUCUUUCCCUGAAACGAUCACACUCCCCACACUCCCCCACCCCUUCUUUACCUAUUUAAAAGUACAUAAUGUACAUAUAUACAUACAGAUGAAAGAGCUAUAAUGAAAAAAAAAAUGAAAUCUCACUUAUAUGCAUAUAUUUAAGGAAAAAAAAAUAAAGUAAAAGAAAAAUCAAGGUUUUAAAAUAGAUACGGAGGAAUAAAGUGCAUAUAUAAAGUUUUACUUGAUUCCACACGUAUUUUGAAAUAUUAUGUAGUUUUAACAAAUUUCUAUAACUUUUUGUCAGUUUUAACUCUUGCUAGAGAAAACACAGAUAUUCAGUUUCUGGAUGAAUCCCUUGUAGUUCCUGUAUUCACCAACAACAACAACAACAGAAAUAAGUGAAAUCCCUCAAACUUUUUUUUUUUUUUGGAUUGUGACUGAUGGAUACACUCCAAGGACCUUCUUCGGCUUCUGUUUCGCUUUUAUCAUCCCCAAACCUCAUGCCUACUGUGCUACUGUAUGUGCACGUGCGUGCACAUUUGACACUUUAUGAAAAACGUGUGCCAAAAUACAUAACGCUUCCACUAAACACUGACUUCUUUGCACUUGACUGAACGCUAGGGCUAGAAGAAAAGAGAACAAAAAAAAGAAAAAGAGAAAAAAACAAAAACGACUCCUUCCUUUUGCUUUGAGAAAAUAGUACUUUCACGCUUCUCCCUCAAGGAACACACACACACA